AUGAACAACAAGAGCCAGGGCGGACAGGGGCGGCAGAGCACGAUCAUGCGGUGCAUAAUGCUGCGCACAACCAAGCAACAAAUGCUGAAAUGCGGCCAGCUGACUUGCCUGUCGCCUCGAUAUCUACACGAGUACACCGUCACCCUGUCUGACGACGAGCUGGAUCUCUACGAGACGUUGUUAGUGUUUUCAAAGACCAUGUUCGCUCAGUUCCUCCACCAGUGCGCGAAGAAGCCAGCUGACGCCGAAGGCGAAGACAGCGCUCAUACUGAAAUGCACAAGAAGAUGAUCAAACUGCAAGGGGCAAAACCAGUAAAAUUUCACGAGACCUCAGUAAUUCCGCUAUGGUUGAGGCAAGUUUUCUGCCAUUGCGGUCUCAUGGCAGUCAUGCUGAAUGAUGAUGACACAGCCGUUGAAGAGUUGAAGACGGACAAUGCGGAGAACGAUCUGCUAGAUGAGCUCGACAAACUCGUUCUAGAAGACAAGAAGACUACUGAAGAAAAGAACGGUGAAGGCGAGAAGAAGAAGGAGAUGGAGAAGCGAGAGCAAGUGGAGGAGGGGAUGACAACCGCAGAGGCCGUGCGCUCGGUGUUGUCGUGCAGCAACCCGGUUUUCGACCUGGAGGGGCGCUCCUCCAAAAUCAACGCUGUCAUGGACUGCCCCAACGAGAACGCCUUUCCUAAUGAAAGGCGUUACUCACCGGCUACGGUCAUCGGAGAGUUAAGAGACUCGAUUGGACUCGAGUAUCAAAAUAAAAGUAUCCCAGGGCUCCUGUGGUUGCAUGAUUAG